AUGAGUAACGACGCGCAGGGCGACGAAAAUUCAGAGGGGCAGGCUAUGCCUACUCAUAAUCAUAAUAGCCCAUCGCAUGCUACACCUAAAGGAUGGAGGUUCUGGACGGUGUUCUCGGCCAUCUGCUUCACAACCAUCCUAGCAGCCAUCGAAUCAACCGUAACAUCCACAGCUCUCCCAUUCAUCGUACACGAAUUAGACGCUGGAGAUUUAUAUGUUUGGUUCGUGAACGCGUAUUUUUUGACGAGCACUGCGUUCCUCCCGCUACUCGGACAAAUGUGCGAUUUAUUCGGCCGACGAUGGAUGAUGAUAACGGUUGUGAGCCUCUUUGCACUCGGUAGCGGUAUUAGUGGUGGGGCAAGAAACGCCACCAUGAUGAUUGCUGGACGAGCAGUGCAAGGCAUAGGGGGCGGUGGAAUUAACCUCCUCAUCGAAUUAAUCGUUUCCGAUAUUACCAAUCUACGCCAACGUGGUGCAUACAUGGGCAUCGUAUUUGGUGUAUUUUCAUUGGGGACUGCUAUUGGACCUUUGGUCGGCGGCGCAAUUGUCGAUGGCACCACAUGGAGAUGGGUGUUUUAUAUCAAUCUUCCAGUCUCCGGCGUAGCCUUGCUGUUGCACAUAUUAUUCCUUCGAGUCAAUUACGACAGGAAAACUCCGAUACUUGAAAGACUGAAAAGAAUCGAUUACGUGGGAACCGCUAUUCUCGUCGCUAGUGUUGUUGCCGUCCUCAUAGCCCUGUCGUGGGGAGGGACGCGGUACGAAUGGUCGUCAUACCAAAUCCUUGUACCCCUAUUUCUAGGCGCCUUUGGGUUGGUUCUUUUCCACCUGUAUGAAGGAGCGCCGUGGGUUAGGGACUAUCCAACGUUACCGGAACGAGUCUUCAAGCGUCGUGCACCCGCUGCGGCUUUAAUAAUUGCUUUUAUCAAUUUUGUGUGCCUAUUUUGGGUCAUAUACUUUCUCCCCGUAUACUUCCAGGCCGUCGUCGGUGUUUCUCCGACCAUAUCGGGUGUCGCACUGUUACCCACUGUUCUGUUAUCCGUCGUUACAGGUGCUAUAGCCGGCGUUGUCUUAACGAAAACCGGGAUAUACCGACCGUUACACAUUGUCGCAUUCGCGUUAAUCGUGUUAGGCUUCGGGCUUUUUUCUCGCUUCAAUCAAAAUACUUCCCGAGCAGAAUGGGUUGCUAUUCAAAUCAUUCCGGCUGUUGGUUUGGGUAUCAUGAUGUCUACCAAUCUCCCUGCGGUACAGGCUGAUCUUCCGGAGUCCGAUACCGCGGCAGCCACUGCCGCUUUCGCAUUCAUGCGUGCAUAUGGUUCUAUAUGGGGUGUCUCGAUUCCGGCUGCUAUCUUCAACGCCAAGUUCGAGGCGGAAUCCUGGCGCAUUAACGAUACACAGAUACAAAGUCAGCUAUCCAGCGGGAAUGCAUACUCAUAUGCUAACGCCGACUUUGUCCGAAGCUUCCCGGAACCUCAACGCCACCGCGUCAUCGAUGUCUACUCUCGCAGUUUGCAGUUGGCAUGGCUAGUAGGUCUUGGGUUUGCGUUAUUGGGCUUUCUGCUCUGUUUCUUGGAGAAGGAAAUUGUGCUAAGAACAGAUCUGGAGACGAAGUUCGGGUUAGAAGAGAAAAAGAGUAGCAGUGGCUUGGAAAGUGGCCAUAAUAAUCAGCCCACGGCAAAGGCUUGA